GUAUAUUCUAUCUUACUAGAUACUUACUUUAUCAUCUAAUGUUGUAAUAUAUCUCAGGUUGCAUAACCAUAGGUGGUAAGUCAUAGCAUAGAGCUUUCUAUUCAAGUUAUAGACAGUUGUGAGUGGAAGAUGUGCAAGUAAUGGCAUCAAAUCCUAGCUCAGCCCAUGCAGACACAUACCAAAGGCUUCAUCAACCGGCCCUCAUCACUGCAGGAUGCUUUGUAGUUGUAGCAUUGAUCCUCUCCAUCUUUCUCAUUCUCCAACAUCUCAGAUAUUACACCAAUCCUGCAGAACAAAAAUGGAUUGUUGCUGUUCUUUUCAUGGUUCCCGUCUAUGCCACUGAGUCAAUCAUAUCGUUGUGGUUUCCAAAAGCAUCCCUUGCAUGCGACAUUUUAAGAAACUGCUAUGAAGCAUUUGCCUUGUAUUCUUUUGGGAGCUAUUUGAUUGCUUGCCUGGGUGGUGAAAGCAGAGUCGUUGAACUGCUAGAAAAUAAAUCACGGAAACAGCUUGGCGAACCAUUGUUAGAAGGGGAAGAUGAGAAUCGUAUAGUGCAGGAAAGGUCGUUCAGCAACUUCUUCUUUCGACCUUGUACUCUUGGGAAAGAUUUACUUGCAAUAGAAAAAUUUGGUCUUGUACAAUAUAUGAUUUUGAAGACAGUUUGUGCUUUCUUAGCAUUAUUGUUAGAACUCUUUGGUGUUUAUGGUGAUGGGGAAUUCAAGUGGAACUAUGGUUAUCCAUAUAUAGCAGUUGUAUUGAACUUCAGCCAGAUGUGGGCUUUGUAUUGCCUCGUGAAGUUCUACAAUGUAACCCAUGAAAGACUUCAAUCAAUAAAGCCACUUGCAAAGUUCAUCAGCUUCAAGGCCAUUGUGUUUGCUACUUGGUGGCAAGGUGUGGGUAUCGCACUAUUGCAUACAAUUGGAGUUCUGCCGAAGGAGGGAAAAGUACAAACUGGACUGCAGGAUUUCUUGAUUUGUAUAGAAAUGGCCAUUGCAGCUGUUGCUCAUGUGUACGUUUUUCCGGUGGAACCAUAUCGUUUCCACCCAGUCUCUGAGUAUGGGAAGGUCACUACUGAAACAACCAAAGAAGCACUCAAAUUGGAGGAAGGUGACAAGGAGAAAUCAGCCGUGCUUGAAAAGAAGAAAGCUAAAGUAGAGGCUACUGGAACAAGUGUCACUGAGAGUGUUCAAGAUAUUGUUGUUGAAGGUUGUCAACAUGUUGUCCAGGACGUUGUGUUGACCAUUAAUCAAGCUAUAGGGCCUGUGGAAAAGGGUGUGACAAAAAUCCAGGAGACCUUCUACCACAAAUCAGAGGCAGAGGAUUCAGAUGACCAAGAAGAAAAAGUAGAGCAACAUGUAGAAGAAAAUCAUAGUGAAAGUGAAACUCAUGUAAACUCUGGAAGAGACGUGGACACAUAAAAUAAUGGUUAUGACAGUGAACAAAGAAAAACAUACCACGUGCAAAUUGUUAUGUUUUAUUGAGAGGAUCUUGAGACAGAUAAGUUUGAUCCAGUGUUGGGAUUGACUCCAUGAUUCCAUUUAUUAAGUAAUUAGGGUAAACCAUGUGCAUAACUUCUCGCUAUUUUAUCUUA